AUGAGUUGCAACAUUAAGGAGACUAUUACUGUGUCUAGCAAAGGCAGGAGCAGUGGUGGCAGCUGUAUCAUUGGUGGUGGUGGCGGAGCACGGAUUUCUUCCUAUGGGAUAGGCAGUGGCAGAGGUUUUUCUGGAAGGAGUUACUGCGGCGGAGUGAAUUAUGGAGGGGGACUGAGUGUUGGUAGCUUGGCUGGUGGGAGCUAUGGAGGUGGCAACUGCUAUGGCAAUGGCCUUGGUUUUGGCCUUGGAGGUGGUGUGGUUGUUGGUGGUCUUGGUGGCGACUGUUUGCUUUCAUCCUGCGAUGAGAAGGUCACCAUGCAAAAUCUCAAUGACCGCCUGGCCUCCUAUCUGGACAAGGUGAAGUGCUUAGAGAAGGAGAAUGCUGAACUGGAGUGCAGAAUCAGAGAGUGGUACGCGACACAGGGUCUCUCCUGUGAGCCCCGGGACUACAGCUGCUAUUACAAGGAAAUUGAAGAUCUUCAAAAUCAGAUUGUCUGCGCAACCAUUGAUAACAACAAGAUCAUUCUGGACAUUGAUAACAGCAGGAUGGCUGCUGAUGAUUUCCGUGUGAAGUACGAGACAGAGCUGGCCCUGCGCCAGAGCGUGGAGGCUGACAUUAACGGCUUACGCCAAGUCCUGGACCAGCUGACGCUCUGCAGGUCUGACCUGGAGGCACAGCUGGAGUCGUUGCGGGAGGAGCUCUGCUGCCUGAAGAAGAACCACGAGGAGGAAAUGAAUUGUCUGAGGAAACAAUCAACUGGAGACGUGAGUGUGGAGGUCAAUGCUUGCCCUGGACCAGAUCUCAGGCAAAUCUUGGAGGAUUUGAGAUGCCAGUAUGAAACACUGAUAGCGCGCAACCGCAAGGAAGUUGAGGAUUGGUAUGAGUGCAAGAUUGAGGAGGUGAAUCGGGAGGUUAUUACAAGCGGCCAGGAGGUAGAGACGUGCAACAACCAGGUCACCGAACUGAGACGCCAACUGCAAGCCCUGGAAAUCGAUCUGCAGGCUCAGCUCAGCCAGAGAAAUAAUUUGGAAUCCUCUCUGGCUGAGACUGAGUGCCAGUACAACACCCUCCUCGGUGAGCUACAGAACCAGAUCACAUGCGUGGAGCAGCAAUUGGCUGAAAUAAGAGCGGAAAUAGAGUGCCAGAACCAGGAAUACAAGACCUUAUUGGACGUCAAGUGCCGUUUGGAGCAGGAGAUUCAGACCUACCGGUGCUUGUUGGAAGGAGGACAGCAGGACCUUAUGUAUGUAGAUCUCUCAGUGAAUAAAUGA